AUGGGCACUCGUGUGUAUGUCGGCGGUCUUCCACGCGACGCCACUUCGCGUGAGAUUCAAGACGGAUUUAGUCGCUACGGGCACGUGUCCAACAUUUGGGUCGCACGCAACCCGCCUGGUUUCGCUUUCGUGGCCUGGCAGUGGCAACGUCUGUAUGUUUUGUAUGUGUGUAUCCAUGUUUUAUUGAAACGUUGCAAUUGGAUCGCUGUCGCCAAGUCUUCGAUGGGACGACAACUGUCUCGCCUCGUCGAACUCGUAUAUGCGACUUUUCAUCUCCAUAGUUCGAAGCUUCCGCUCAGUUACCGUCUUAAGGCUUCUAUCAUUGAGUGUGAGAGAGUGAGAGGUAGUGGUGAAUGUCACCUUUGCUCAACGUGCCAUCAUGCUGCGUUUCGCCUCGCUUCGCGCGGCGCCUUCACGCCUGUAUCCCGAUUCAAAGACUUCGAAGACCCUCGUGACGCUGAUGAUGCUAUUCGUUCCAUGGAUGGCCGAGACUUCCUCGGUGGACGUAUUCGUGUUGAACUCGCACGCGGUGGUAGCCGUCGCGAUGGCCCUGGACGUCGUGGAGACGACGACCGCUUCAGUCGUGGCGGUGGCGACCGUUUUGAACGUGGGCGCAAUCCGCCACAGCGCACUGAUUACCGUGUGCGAGUAACGGAUUUGCCACGUGAUGUGGAUUGGCGUAAUGUGAAAGACUUUCUUCGCACGGGUGGCGAGGUCACCUAUUGCAACAUCGAGACUGAUGGCUCAGCAAUCGCUGAGUUUCAGACUAAAGAUGAUAUGGAAGAUGCUAUCAAAAAGUUGGACGACACUGAGUUUCGUGGCAGCUAUGUGCGUGUAGCUCCCGAGGGAGACUCAAGCCGUAACUCGCGCUCUCCUGAUCGUGGCCGUUCUCCAGGCCGUCGCUCGCGAUCGCGCUCCCCUGCUGCGCGAAAGGAAUCUCCGCGCCGCUCGCGCUCCAGAUCGGCCUCGCCUGCUACCGCUCUCUCACCCAAAAACUCAGAGUAA